AUGUCUCAGUCCAAGGUCAAGACCGCCCAGCUCUGGAACAAGUCCAAGGACGACCUUGCGACCCAGCUCUCUGAGCUCAAGUCGGAGUUGAUCCAGCUCAGGACCGCCAAGGUUGCCGGAGGCUCCUCCACCAAGCUCACCCGCAUCCAUGAUGUCCGCAAGGGAAUCGCCAAGGUCCUGACCGUCAUCAACGCCAACCAGCGCGCCCAGCUGAGGCUCUUCUACAAGGGCAAGAAGUACCUUCCCCUCGACCUCCGAUCCAAGCAGACCCGUGCCAUCCGCCGAAGGCUCACCAAGCACGAGUCGUCGCUCGUCACCGAGAAGCAGAAGAAGAAGAACAUCCACUUCCCUCAGCGCAAGUACGCCGUCAAGGCAUAA